UGCACCCUGUUGAAGAGCCUCGUGUGCGAGUCAUCAACCACAUCCUCACAGGUAAACAAUGGCAGACAUAACGAACGUUUUAAAUGCAAUUUGGCCCAUACUGGGCCUAUUUAAUUUACUCAUCCCUCACACUGUGACUGCCGACUACUGCGAGUUCGACCUGUGCGAUAUCGGUCAGUACUGCUGCGGUGACAAUAAGUGCUGCACCAAGACUUUAGAAAUAUGGUUCUUCUGGGCCGGAAUUUUGCUAGUCAUAUUCGCCUUGGCGGUGGCGGCCGGCGUACGAUACACGAGGAACCGUCACGCCACCUACGUUCUCGUCGCCACGCAUCCCGUCGACGACGUUGAAAUUAAUCGCCAUUCGUUUAAGUGAAUGCCGGCUUCUGUUUUUAGAUCGGAUUUUAAAUCUUUUUUAGCUUACAGUUUUUAAUAGCCUUAAAAUAUUAUAGAGAUCUCGACUUGAAUUCUUAUAGGCGUAUACCUACAUAUAGUGACUUAACGGUAAUUGAGAUAUUGUAUAAAUAACGGUAAGUAUUACUGACUAAUUGUAAUUUAAUUUUAUAUAACUGUGAUAAUUGUUUGUAGCAUUGUAGUAUUUAUUUACAAUACCUAUAUUUUGAGAUUAUUAUAUUAUUCCUCUCUGAUA